CGAUGCCAAGACCAUGCAGAUCGAUACAGUUGUCUGUGCAUGCCAGGAUACACGAGUGAACAGUGUGGUGUUGAUAUUAAUGAAUGUCAAAACAAUUUAUGUCUGAACAACGGCUCGUGUCAAGAUGAGAUCAAUGGAUAUCAAUGUGUAUGCCGUCCUGGUUGGACUGGACGUUUGUGUGAAGUGGAGAUCGAUGAGUGUUUGUCGAAUCCUUGUGUUAGAGGACGUUGUGUGAAGCAACCCGGAGGAUACACGUGUGUGUGUUAUUGUGGAUGGGCGGGAGACAGCUGUAGUGUUUCGUUUGAUGUGUGUAGCGAUCAGCCAUGUCAGAAUGGAGGUCAGUGUGCAUCAUUGAGUUCCAACUCAUCGAGAACGUGUUAUCGGUGUUCUUGCCAGAGUGGCUUUACUGGACUCAACUGUUCAGAGGACUUCAAUGAGUGCAUGUCAGAUCCUUGUGAUAAUGAUGGUACAUGUGUGGACAUGGUCAAUAGUUUCAAGUGCAGUUGCACUGCUGGAUACACUGGACGACAGUGUCACGUAGAGGUUGACGAAUGCUUGUCGUCUCCUUGUCUAAAUGGAGGUCGAUGCAUAGAUCAAGUGAAUGGAUUUCAAUGCCAGUGCCUUCCGGGUUUCUCUGGGUCGAUAUGUCAUGUCAACGUCGACGAUUGUAUAUCAAUGCCUUGUCAAAAUGGAGGACGGUGUGUUGAUCAAGUGGCUGGUCAUGUGUGUAACUGCUCUUCUAGUUUUGGUGGACUCACCUGUGAGACUGCUCAUCGAUGUAUUGCAAGAAACCCUUGCCAAAACUCUGGAGUUUGUUUCGAUAUCGAAGCUGGUCCUGACAGCGAGCCAACGUGUUUCUGUCCACCUGGAUACACGGGAAGUCUAUGUGAAACCGAGCUGGUAGAAUGUGACUCUAAUCCAUGUUUAAACGGUGGGGCUUGUGUUGAUCAGAUAAACAACUACUAUUGUAUUUGUAGUCAAGGUUGGAUGGAUCCUCGGUGUAGUACUCUUGUUGAUUACUGCGCUUCGUCGCCAUGUCAGAAUGGAGGAUUAUGUGUGGGUAGCAUCGGUAAGUUUGAUUGCUUUUGUGUCUCUGGAUUUACCGGACAUUUGUGCCAGAUUAACUUCAAUGACUGUCUCGGUAAGGACUGUGGGAACGGACUGUGUAUAGAUCAGGUGAACAAUUACGUUUGCGACUGUUUGGUUGGAUGGACGGGACAGCAGUGUGAUGUGUUGAUUGAUGAGUGUAUGUCACAGCCAUGCAGAAACGGUGGAACAUGUUUUGAUGAGUUUGGACAUUUUCAAUGUGAAUGUCCCAAUGGAUUUACUGGCAUACAGUGUGAAACAGAUGUGGACGAAUGUAACCCUUCUCCUUGUACAAACGGAGCAACAUGUUUCGAUGGCGUGAGCAAUUAUGUUUGCGGGUGUUCUUCGUUUUACACCGGUCUUCAUUGUGAAAAACCGAUAGACUUCUGUGAAUCAAAUCCAUGUCUUAAUAAUGCACGGUGUGUUAGCGAAGUUGGCCAAUACAGCUGUGUCUGUCAGUCGGGAUUCACAUCACUCAACUGUGACGUAGACAUUAACGAGUGUAUGUCAAGUCCUUGUCAGAAUGGCAACUGUAGCGAUGCGGUUGACAUGUAUCAGUGUUCGUGCACUAAUGGAUACACAGGAGCACAGUGUGAAACAGAUAUCGAUGAGUGUUCGUCGAUGCCGUGCUUACACGGAGGUGUAUGUACUGACCAGGUUUAUGGGUUUAAUUGUACUUGUAUGGAUGGUUACACUGGCCAUGAGUGUGGGAUUGAUGUUAACGAAUGUGCAUCAUAUCCGUGUGCUAACAAUGGAACGUGUCAAGACAGUGUCAAUGAGUACACCUGUUCAUGCGUAAUCGGUUACACGGGGCGGGAUUGUGCAAUUGAUAUCAACUAUUGCAGUUCAUUUCCUUGUUUAAAUGGAGGCUUUUGCAGAGACGGCAGAAUCGGUUUUGAGUGCAUGUGUCUUGAUGGAUACACAGGAACACUAUGCGAGAACGACAUGAACGAAUGUCUUUCUGAGCCAUGUCAGUACAAUGGCACAUGUCUCGAUCACAUUAAUAGCUACAGGUGCAUUUGCCCUGCAGCAAGAACAGGUCUCAACUGUGAGCUCGAUUUUCUUGAGUGCACAUCCAAUCCUUGUGUAAAUAGGGGUUCUUGUGUUGAGCUACACGGGGAAUACCGCUGCAUCUGUCCAACAGGAUAUACAGGGUUGCAGUGCGAGACAGAUAUUGAUGAAUGCCAGUCAAAGCCCUGCUACAACAGAGGCAUCUGCCAAGAAACGAUUUCAAGAUUCAAUGAAAGCAGUGGAUAUCGCUGUCUAUGCGAGGAAGGAUAUACAGGGCAAUUUUGUGAAAACGAUGUCGAUGAGUGUGUGUCAACACCGUGCAACAACAAUGGAACAUGUCAAGACGGUCAAAAUGCUUUUUCAUGUUGGUGCCCAUCCGGUUGGCAUGGAGAAACAUGCGAGGUUGAUACGUCUGAAUGCAUAUCUAAUCCUUGCUAUAACAAUGGCACGUGUAUUGAUCGAACCGACGGUUUUAUUUGUCGCUGUGUUGUUGGUUUUAUGGGCCUCCACUGCGAAAUAGAAACAGACGAGUGUGAGUCAAGUCCUUGCAUGAAUGGUGGAUCUUGCAUUGAUGUUGUUAGUGGUUAUGUUUGUCAAUGCAUCAACGGGUGGACGGGAGCACAGUGUGAGACAAACAUCAAUGAUUGUGAUCCUAACCCUUGUGAUAAUAGAGGAAUAUGUAAGGACGGUAUUGAUUCAUAUGAGUGUAUGUGUGCCAUUGGCUUUACUGGCACAAACUGUGACUCUGAAAUUGAUGAAUGUUUGUCGAAUCCGUGCCAGAAUGGAGCAACUUGCAGUGAUGAUGUAGCAUCCUAUACUUGCUUGUGUCUUGACGGCUACACGGGCAAUGAUUGCGACUCUGAUGUGGAUGAGUGUUCAAGUUCUCCUUGCAUGAAUGGACUGUGUAUUGAUAUGAUUGCUUCAUUUGUUUGUGAGUGCUCAUCGGGAUACAGUGGAGUGCUGUGCCAGACUGAAUUAGAUGAGUGUGACUCAUCUCCUUGCUCAAAUAACGGUACAUGUUUGGAUCGAACAAAUAGCUUUCUUUGCUUGUGUCUGGCUGGUUUCACAGGCAACACAUGUGACACUAACAUUGACGAGUGUUCUCUAGAACUGGAGCCAUGUUUAAAUGGUGGUACGUGUAUUGAUGAGGUUAACGGAUAUAGUUGUGUUUGCUUACCUUCUUACUCUGGGAUCGAUUGCAGCUCGGAGGUGCUAGAAUGUCAAUCAGAUCCAUGUGUCAAUAGUGGGUCAUGUUUAGAAGAGAUCGGAGGCUAUCUAUGCAUGUGUGUAUCAGGGUUUACAGGUACUCACUGUGAAAUGGAAAUAAAUGAAUGCAGCUCGUUUCCUUGUCUGCAUGGUGGAACAUGUGAAAAUGGGGUGUCCAUGUAUAGCUGCUCGUGCGGUGCUGGUUUUACUGGAUUGCACUGUGAAUCAGAUGUGGAUGAAUGUACUAUGCUGCCUUGUUAUAAUGAUUCUACAUGUGUAAACACAUUUGGAUCUUUUGCUUGUAAUUGUGCUGUUGGAUACACGGGUCUUCUGUGUGGUGUCGAAUUGGAUGAGUGUGCUUCUCAUCCUUGUGCGAAUGGAGGCACUUGCCAGGAUCUCUUGGAUUCAUACAUUUGCCAUUGUCAUCAGGGAUUUUCUGGUCAGUAUUGUGAGCGAGAUGUAGCAGAGUGUGAAUCGAAUCCAUGCACGAACAAUGGGAAUUGCUUUGAACCUCAACCUGGGAUGGGCUACAUUUGUGUAUGUCCGUUUGGUUAUUCUGGUGUCCACUGUGAGACCGAUUUCAUGGAGUGCUCGUCAUCACCGUGUCAGAAUGGGGGACAGUGCAUUGACCUACCUAAUCAUUAUUUGUGUAUUUGUGAUCGAGGCUUUACUGGUGCACAGUGCGAAACAGACAUCGACGAAUGCAUUUCCAGUCCAUGUUAUAACAAUGCAACAUGCACUGACCUCGUACGUAAUGUUUAUUGCAAAUGCUUACCCGGAUUUACAGGGCAGUUAUGUGAAACUGAAGUCGAUGAGUGCAUGUCUAGUCCGUGUUCUACUUUAGCGACUUGUGUGGACCAAGUUGAUGGCUACCGAUGUUUGUGCUAUCCUGGAAUGACGGGUCCAUUGUGCCAGGAGGACAUUGACGAAUGCUCUUCUUUUCCAUGCACAAAUAAUGCAACCUGUGAUGAUUAUUUGAAUGGUUUUGUCUGCACAUGUAGGGACGGAUUUACAGGAUUGAAUUGUGAAACUGAGGUUGUUGAGUGUACGUCUAGUCCUUGCCUCAACGAUGCCUCGUGUGUGGAUCAGAUUAAUGGGUAUGACUGCUACUGCAUGUCAGGGUAUUACGGGACACAUUGUGAGAGUGAAGUUCUUGAGUGUGGAUCAUUACCAUGUCAAAACAAUGGGACGUGUGUCGAAAACAUUGAUGGCUACGAGUGUUUGUGUGGGCAAGGCUACACUGGCAGACAUUGCCAGACACAGAUAGACUACUGUGAAUCGGUGCCCUGUCGGAAUAAUGCAAUGUGUCAAAACUCAUUGUCAGGAUUUCACUGCUUGUGUUUGUCUGGGUACUCGGGAAUGCAAUGUGAAGUUGAUGUUGAUGAAUGUGCAUCUCAACCUUGUACGUCAAACGCAACAUGCAGUGACUCGAUUGAUUUUUAUCGAUGUGUUUGCCCUGUGGGCUAUUCUGGUGGCAACUGCGCAUCAGUAAUAAAUUACUGUGACAGCUCUCCAUGUCAGAAUGGUGCCAUUUGUGAGCCGAAGAUUGGUUUGUACGUUUGUUACUGUCGUCAGGGAUACUUUGGAACUCAUUGUGAAACAGAGGUAAUUGAAUGUCUUUCUAAUCCUUGUCAACACGGAGGAACAUGUUUAGACAAUUUGGCAUCAUUUAGCUGUGUUUGUCCGACUGGCUAUUCUGGUCAGGUUUGUGAGACUUCUAUCAUAAGCAUCGAUGAGUGUGCAUCUCAACCGUGUCCAGUAAAUGCAACUUGCAUUAACGCUUUUAAUUCGUAUGAUUGUGUGUGUCCUGUUGGCUACUCGGGGAGUAGUUGUGAAGAAACAGUUGAUUACUGUAGCAGCUCUCCUUGUCAAAACAGUGCUAUUUGUGGUUCACUGCUUGGCUCUUAUAUUUGCUACUGUCCUCAAGGCUACUUUGGAAACAGAUGUGAAACUGAGCUGAAUGAAUGUCUUUCUAAUCCUUGUCAGAAUGGUGCAACAUGUUUAGACAGUGUAGCCUUGUAUAGUUGUGUGUGUUCGAUCGGUUAUUCAGGUCAAUUCUGUGAAACUUCAAUCGAUGUAUGCGAUUCGAAUCCAUGUGUCAAUGGAGGCACAUGCUUUAGUGAUGGUUCUGGAUUUCAGUGCAGCUGUCGAGAUGGAUUUACGGGUGCUCAUUGUGAGUCUGCUAUGGAUGCUUGUAUGUCGUCUCCUUGUCGCAAUUACGGUACAUGCAACAAUGUACAACUUGGCUACGAGUGUUUGUGUUUACUUGGUUAUCAAGGCAGUAGAUGUGAAAUCAUAGUUCAAUCAUGCUCAUAUCAGCCGUGCCUCAACGGUGGUACUUGUAGCGAUGGACUGGAUGACUUUAAUUGUCUUUGUUCACUGGGAUACAGAGGACGGUUUUGUGAAGAAAGUGUAAUUGUCACGACACCUUACUUUUCCAAAAGGAGUUACAUUGCUGUUCCACGAUUGAGCGGUCCAACAUUUCGAACUCAGUUGACUCUUUCUAUACUUCCCAUAUCGGCAGAUGGUCUGAUUUUAUACAGCAGUCAAUAUCCAAGUGCAGCAGCUGGCGAUUUUAUAACUUUGGGCAUGAAAAGCUCGCGGGUUGAACUUCGAUACAGUUUGGGUGUAAGACAGGCAGUUCUGUUGUCUGAUCUGAUAGAGCUGCAUCGUUGGCAUACAGUGACGGUUAACAGACUAAAUCAAGCCAGCCAGUUGUAUGUCAAUGACAGAAGUGUGGUUAUGGGAAUGUCUCCUGGAAGUUAUACAAGACUUGAUGUUGUAUCACUUUUAUAUGUUGGAGGACACAGCAACUUUGCUCUACUUACAGAAAAUGCUGACUUUGUUUCAGGCUUUACAGGCUGCAUAAGGAACCUUACAGUGCAAGGCAAGGCUGUGAACUUGAUAGCCGAUGCUGUACGUGGUGCCGGUGUGGAUGAAUGUGCUGCACAUUCGUGUGUUUCAUCUUCUUGUUUGAAUGGGGCUACUUGCAGUAGUGAUAACGAUGUUGGUUAUCGAUGUAGUUGCCCAGAUGGAUUUAGUGGAACUCGGUGUGAAUACAAGAUAACACCGUGUGCUCAAGCAGGCACUCCAUGUUUAAACAACGGAGAAUGCUUGGCAGUCACAGGUGGCCAUCGGUGUGUUUGUACAUUUGAUUCCAGCUUGGAUCAAGCUUUUGUUGGUUCUACAUGCAAUCAGUCCAAGUCGUUCACGGAUGCUUUCUUCAAUAGAUAUGGAUAUUUGUCUUUUACAGACAAUGAACUAGUUCGGCAUACAACAAGAACUGAAUUCCUAUUGACGUUUACCUCAACUACUGAUAACGGGUUGCUGUUGUUCAUUGGCGAGGAAACUGGAGACUAUGCAGCCAUAGGGCUCCAAAGUGGUUAUGUGCAGUACAGCUUUGACUUGGGUGGUGGGUUGACAUCAGUGUCUUCGAACAGUAGAGUAGACGAUGGGAAAACACAUACAGUAAAAGUUAUAAGGAAAUUGCGAAUUGGCACAAUGACAGUAGACAAUACGGAUGUCAAGUCUUUUGUCUCUAGGUACAGCACGACGGCUCUUAAUACAAAGGGCUCUAUUUUCAUAGGUGGCAUUCCUAAUAUUCUGGAGUACACGAGAGGACUAUAUUCUCAAAGUUUUCAAGGGUGUAUUACGACUCCUGUCGUAAUCCAGAAUCGUGACUUUGUCUUGUCUCAAGCUUCAGACGGACGUGGUAUUGACAGUUGUGAUGGCUGACGUUUCACAAGACAAAAUAGGGCAUUGCAUUAGUAGUGGAAUGUUUACACAAGCUAUUAUAUGAAGUAAUGAAAUUUUACUGAAACCAUUCUGGAUGGUAGACUAAUGGUAAUUAGAUGGCAAGUGACAGACACAUCUCUUUGUUAGACUGUAAUUCAGCAGUUUGUUGUUAUGGAGUCUCAAUUAUUGCAUGAGUGAUCAUGGCAGCCAGUAAUUUAAGAGACCAUCUUAACGUUUGAACUAUUCUUAAUUGUAUUGGACUCUUUAUACAUA